ACUGAAUCCACAAUUGAAAUAAACUUCAUUAUAAUCAGUUGAUUGUCUUUUUUUAAAUUUUUUUCAUUGACUAAAGAAAAUUAUUAACAUCUAUUUUAAGUUAGUAAGUGUUGCAUUGUUUUGACAACUUUAUUGAAAUGGCCAGUACACUUAUUGCAACAGGCUUGGGUCUUGCUGUAGUAGGUUUUACAGGACGUUAUAUAAUUAAAAAAAUGCCACAUUUAUCUCAAAAAAUGGCAGAUGUUUAUAAAAAUGUACCAAAAUUAAAUCCAAAGACCUUAGCAAAUAGUAAAUAUUAUAAAGGUGGUUUUGAACCUAAAAUGACACGACGUGAAGCUAGUUUAAUCUUGGAUGUUUCACCAACUGCAAGUAAAGUGAAAGUAAAACAGCAAUUUAAAAAAAUCAUGGCUGUGAAUCAUCCAGAUCGAGGUGGAUCUCCAUAUAUUGCAGCAAAAAUUAACGAAGCAAAAGAUUUAUUAGAAAAAUAAUAGUUAAAUGUAUGAAUAUAAAUAGUGUACAUGAAAUUUAUUGUAUGUAGUUUUAUAAACUUAAUUUCAAGUAAAUUUUUAUGUAUAUAUUUAAUAAUAUAAUGAUUUAAAUAUUUUAUUUAAUAUGUAAUAAAAUUAUUUAUACAUUUAUGAUUCCUUUAAUUUUAU